AUAUUAAAACGGAGUUCGCCGAUCUGUUGGAAAACAUUGAAGUAGCUACUCUAAAACUGAAAGAAAAACGUCUUGAUGUUCCCAUAAAUAAUCAAGAUGAUUUGAAAUCAGUUUUGGAAGUGACACCCGAAGUCGAAAACGGUCUCAAGAAAUUGGAACUAAUUUUAGGAA